UUAAAAUAUGUGUUUAAUUCGAGUUUUGCUUACUUUUUUUAGUUCCUAUAUAUUCUCCUUUUCACGCGAUAUUCACUCCAAUAUAUCGCAUUCUUAUGCGUAGAUAAGAUUAGAAAUGGGAGCGCGAGCCACAAACCCGCUAUAAAUAACCGAAACCAGCCCUUCGAAGCCCUGAUUGAUCGUUUGCCACACGAAUCCUAGCAAGGGCGUGUGUUCGAGGCUUUCUUUCUCAUCUACUCUUCGGUGUCCGUAUAUCUCCAUAGACUCCUCGCCAUGGAUCCAUACAAGCAACGUCCAUCAAGUGCGUAUAAUUCCCCCUUUUGGACAACAAAUUCCGGUGCUCCAAUUUGGAAUAACAACUCUUCAUUGACUGUUGGAGCUAGAGGUCCAAUCCUUCUUGAGGACUAUCAUCUCGUGGAGAAACUUGCUAAUUUUGAUAGGGAGCGGAUUCCGGAGCGUGUUGUCCAUGCCAGGGGAGCCAGUGCGAAGGGUUUCUUUGAGGUCACUCAUGAUAUUUCUAACCUUUCCUGCGCUGAUUUUCUUCGAGCCCCUGGAGUUCAGACGCCUGUCAUUGUCCGUUUCUCCACUGUUAUCCAUGAGCGUGGCAGCCCUGAAACCCUGAGGGAUCCUCGAGGCUUUGCAGUGAAGUUUUACACCAGAGAGGGUAAUUUCGAUCUCGUGGGAAACAACUUUCCUGUCUUUUUCAUACGUGAUGGUAUGAAAUUUCCGGACAUGGUUCAUGCCCUUAAGCCAAAUCCUAAGUCUCACAUCCAGGAAAACUGGAGGAUUCUCGACUUCUUCUCCCACCACCCAGAAAGCUUGCACAUGUUUACCUUCCUCUUUGAUGAUUUGGGAGUUCCACAAGACUACAGGCAUAUGGAAGGUUCUGGAGUUAACACCUAUACUCUGAUCAACAAGGCUGGGAAAGCACACUAUGUGAAAUUCCACUGGAAACCCACAUGUGGUGUUAAAUGCUUGUUGGAGGAUGAGGCUAUUAAGGUUGGAGGAUCCAAUCACAGCCAUGCCACGCAGGAUCUCUAUGACUCGAUUGCUGCUGGCAAUUAUCCUGAGUGGAAACUGUUCAUCCAGACAAUUGAUCCAGAUCAUGAAGACAGAUUUGACUUUGACCCACUGGAUGUAACCAAGACCUGGCCUGAGGAUAUCAUUCCCUUGCAGCCAGUUGGCCGCCUGGUCCUGAAUAAGAAUAUCGAUAACUUCUUUGCCGAGAAUGAACAGCUGGCAUUUUGCCCUGCUAUUGUUGUUCCUGGUGUCUACUACUCAGAUGAUAAGUUGCUCCAGACUCGGAUCUUCUCGUAUUCUGAUACCCAGAGGCACCGUCUUGGACCAAACUAUCUGCAACUUCCUGCUAAUGCUCCCAAGUGUUCCCACCAUAACAAUCACCAUGAAGGUUUUAUGAACUUCAUGCACAGGGAUGAGGAGGUCAAUUACUUCCCUUCGAGGUAUGAUGCAGUUCGCCAUGCUGAGAGAGUCCCCAUUCCUUCUAAUGUCUGCGCUGGAAGGCGUGAGAAGUGCAUCAUUGAGAAGGAGAACAACUUUAAGCAACCUGGCGAGAGAUACAGGUCCUGGGCACCAGACAGGCAGGAACGUUUCAUCUGCCGAUGGGUUGAGGCUCUAUCCGACCCUCGUGUCACCCAUGAAAUCCGCAGUAUCUGGAUAUCAUAUUGGUCUCAGGCUGACAAGUCUUUUGGUCAGAAGUUAGCUACUCGUCUCAAUGUGAGGCCAAGCAUCUGAAGGUCACAACCAUCCCUGGAAGUUUUGGGCUGCAGAGUGGGCAAGGAUCAGAUGCCUUGCAGCAUAAACUCAAAUGUUACUGUUUGAAUCUUGUGAUUACUGUGAUAUAGACUAAACAAACUCAGCAUGUUAUGGGAUAAUGGGACCCUUUAAACUGAUAUUCUAUCUAAUAAAUGAUGGUUGUGCGCUGUGUCAUA